GGGCCGGGGCCCGGCACGCCGCCCGCCCCCCACCACAAACCCCUCCCUCGUCGUCAGGCCGCGAGGGCAGCGCGCGCGAGCCCAGGGGGAGGGACAGCGAGCGAGCGAAAGAGCGCCGGGAGGAGGCGGCCGGACCGAGCGAGCGCCCGCGCGUGUGGCGUGAGGGGAAGCCGCUGCCCGCCCCCCCCCUUCGCCUUCCCUUCUCUCCCCCUCCCCGCUCCCCCCCCGACCGCGGAGCAGCACCAUGUCGGCGCCGGCGGCCAAAGUCAGUAAAAAGGAGCUCAACUCCAACCACGACGGGGCCGACGAGACCUCAGAAAAAGAACAGCAAGAAGCAAUUGAACAUAUUGAUGAAGUACAAAAUGAAAUAGACAGACUUAAUGAACAAGCCAGUGAGGAGAUUUUGAAAGUAGAACAGAAAUAUAACAAACUCCGCCAACCAUUUUUUCAGAAGAGGUCAGAAUUGAUCGCCAAAAUCCCCAAUUUUUGGGUAACAACAUUUGUUAACCAUCCACAAGUGUCUGCACUGCUUGGGGAGGAGGAUGAAGAGGCGCUGCAUUAUUUGACAAGAGUUGAAGUGACAGAAUUUGAAGACAUUAAAUCAGGUUACAGAAUAGAUUUUUAUUUUGAUGAAAACCCUUACUUCGAAAAUAAAAUUCUCUCCAAAGAAUUUCAUCUGAAUGAGAGUGGUGACCCAUCUUCAAAGUCCACUGAAAUCAAAUGGAAAUCUGGAAAGGAUUUGACGAAACGAUCAAGUCAAACACAGAAUAAAGCCAGCAGGAAGAGACAGCAUGAGGAACCAGAAAGCUUCUUCACCUGGUUUACUGAUCAUUCUGAUGCAGGUGCAGAUGAAUUAGGAGAGGUCAUCAAAGAUGAUAUUUGGCCAAAUCCGUUACAGUACUACUUGGUUCCUGACAUGGAUGAUGAGGAAGGGGAAGGAGAAGAGGAUGACGACGAUGAUGAAGAGGAGGAAGGAUUGGAAGAUAUUGAUGAAGAAGGGGAUGAGGAUGAAGGUGAAGAAGAUGAAGAUGAUGAUGAGGGGGAGGAAGGAGAGAUUCAACCAACAGCUGACGUUGUUCUUUUAAUUGUCGAAAGUUCCAAAAAGCAGAACUUGAAUUUGCUGAGUGUUGGCAACUAUUUACGUUGUAUUCACAACUAUUUACAGUGUAAUAUUACAACUAAUCUGGGAUAAUUUAAAGUGCAUGGGAGAAUGAAGAUGAAGGAGAAGAUGACUAAUGGAACACUGAUGGAUUCCAACCUUUUUUAAUUUUCUCCAGUCCCUGGGAGCAAGUUGCAGUCUUUUUUUUUUUUUUUUUCCUCCUCUUGUGCUCAGUCGCCCUGUUUUUGAGGUCUCUUUUCUCCUUUAUACCAUGGUUCACAACUUAUUUGGGGAGGGGGGAAAUAUCUUGAGCAGAAUUCAGUGGGAAAAGAAUCUCUACCCCUUUCUGUUUCAAAUUCAUUUUUAUCCCUUCCUGUCUCAACAAAAACUAUGGAAUCAACACCACCAUGCUCUGUGGGAAAAAAAGAAAAACCUUCUGCUCCCUUAGCUCUGCUGGAAGCUGGAGGGUGCUAGGCCCCUGUGUAGUAGUGCAUAGAAUUCUAGCUUUUUUCCUCCUUUCUCUGUAUAUUGGGCUCAGAGAUUACACUGUGUCUCUAUGUGAAUAUGGACAGUUAGCAUUUACCAACAUGUAUCUGUCUACUUUCUCUUGUUUAAAAAAAGAAAAAAAAAACUUAAAAAAAUGGGGUUAUAGAAGGUCAGCAAAGGGUGGGUUUGAGAUGUUGGGUGGGUUAAGUGGGCAUUUUGACAACAUGGCUUCUCCUUUGGCAUGUUUAAUUGUGAUGUUUAACGGACAUCCUUGCAGUUUAAGAUGACACUUUUAAAAUAAAAUUCUCUCCUAAUGAUGACUUGAGCCCUGCCACUCGAUGGGAGAAUCAGCAGAACCUGUAGGAUCUUAUUUGCAAUUGACAUUCUCUAUUGUAAUUUUGUUCCUGUUUAUUUUUAAAUUUUUCUUUUUGUUUCACUGGAAAGGAAAGAUGAUGCUCAGUUUUAAACGUUAAAAGUGUACAAGUUGCUUUGUUACAAUAAAACUAAAUGUGUACACAAAGGAUUUGAUGCUUUUCUCUCAGAUAAACUUAAUAAUAAGACUUUCCAAGUUUGACUUGUGUAAUGUUACUGUCAAACUUUUUGUCACCCUAUCUUCGUAUUUUUUGAUACGCACUUUGCAGGAUGACCUCAGGGCUAUGUUGAUUGAGUAAAGGGAUUUGAAUCAAUGUAUUAAUGUCUCCAUAGCUGGGAACCCAUCAUGGGUACAAUUUGCCAUCAGUUUCUGAAAAUUUUCACAUCAUUGGGGAUACCAGAUCGCUGAAAACUCGGUUCUGAAUGUGUUGUACCUUUGAUUUGUAUCUCAAAUCAUUUCAAAAUACGGGCUUUUAUUUACCUAGAUAUUAAUAGUGCCUGCCACCACCAUCAGACAGACCUGGUGCUCCUCCGCCGAGUUAACACAGGGCAAUUGUUCACAUGUCUUCACUGGCACUGUAAGAUGUGGCCAAGAAGACAGGCUUUCAGAGUAAGAAGUCCAUGUUGGUGGUAAGAAACUCAGGUUAGGAGUACUUUUAUCUCAAAGUACCAGCUUUUUAGCAAAUAGCUCUCCAAUGAGACCUGUCUGUGUGAAUCCGAAGGAGAUGAUGGACUGCUCUAUCUGCUAAAUGCCAUUGUGCAUAAAUCACAUUUUGAGAAGCUACCUAAUGCAUAAGCUUUUUAAUGCUGUAAAAUAUAGUAGCUAAAAUUAAAUGCCACUUAGCUUUUUCAGAGAUGAAUUAAUGGACAGCUGGGUCAAAUUCAAAGCUUUUUGAUGUAUAAAAACUUUAUAAAUGGAACUACUCCAUCAGUAGGCAAAGUGUAACAAAAACCUGUCUAGAUGGAUAGUGUGUAAUUUCUGCACAGGUCUCUGUAGCAAAUACAUCACUGUAUACCGGUCAGGAAUCUUGCUCCAAUAAAGGAACGUAAAGAUUUUUUUGA